UGUUACCACGUGACUCAUUACGUUGCCCUGGGAAGACAGGAAGACACAGGAACACCUUUUUUCAAGCUAGCUUUCUAGUCUAGAGCUUUAAAUACUAGUUUAAUGGUGACGGUAAGUGUUUUUCUUCUUGUAAAUAGGAUGUUAAUUACGAAGCUACCAGAGAUGUAUUCAAGGGAGGAAGUAAUGUUAAGAGAACUCAAAAUCACACCAACUGCUGCGUGAGGACUUCCAUUGGGAAUGGUGUCUGGUUCUGGAGAAGAGGCUUUCUUACAAAAUAACAAUCCAAUCAAGACUCUAAGGUUUGAGAGGCCACUGGUGUCAAGCGCCACUGUGAAUCGUGGUCACUAGCCGGAGGAACCUGUCAAAGCCUGUCGUCGUGGUGAAAGUGGUUUGGGGCAGAGGGAAACCCCGGCACAAAGUGCACAUCAUUCACCAGAGAAACAAAAUGGAUGAGAAGCCUGCCACCAGGAAAGGGUCGGGUUUCUGCACAUUACGCUACGCGCUGGCUCUCAUCAUGCACUUCUCCAACUUCACCAUGAUAACGCAGCGCGUGAGUCUGAGCAUUGCCAUCAUUGCCAUGGUGAACAGCACACAGCACCAGGACCCAGCUAAUGUGUCCACAGAGGGGCCUGGGAUGGAUCUCAUCAGCAACCGGAGCAGAGGCAUCAAGGACUAUAGUUCCCGGGCUGCUGUCUAUCAGUGGAGCACAGAGACCCAGGGCAUCAUCUUUAGCUCUAUCAGCUAUGGAAUCAUACUGACGUUAAUACCAAGUGGAUACUUAGCGGGGAUAUUUGGAGCAAAGCAUAUCCUUGGCGCUGGGUUGCUCGUCUCAUCCCUGCUCACGCUGUUUACUCCACUGGCUGCCGACUUUGGGGUGAUUUUGGUCAUCGUCAUUCGCACAGUCCAGGGGAUGGCACAGGGAAUGGCCUGGACUGGUCAGUUCACAAUUUGGGCAAAGUGGGCCCCGCCACUUGAACGGAGCAAGCUCACCAGCAUUGCGGGUUCAGGGGCAGCGUUUGGGUCCUUCAUCAUCCUCUGUGUGGGAGGAUUAAUCUCACAGGCACUGGGCUGGCCUUUUAUCUUCUACAUCUUUGGUAGCAUUGGCUGUGUCUGCUGUGUCCUGUGGUUCACGGUGAUUUAUGAUGAUCCCAUGCAUCACCCAUGCAUAAGUGUGAGGGAAAAGGAGCACAUCACAUCCUCAGUGGCUCAGCAGUCGAGUUCUCCCAGAAGAUCGGUCCCCAUAAAGGCGAUGGUCAGAUGCCUACCACUGUGGGCCAUUUUCAUGGGUUUUUUCAGUCAUUUCUGGCUUUGCACCAUAAUUAUAACAUACCUACCGACGUACAUCAGCACAGUGCUGCAUGUUAACAUCAGAGAUAGUGGCGUUCUGUCCUCCCUGCCUUUCAUUGCCGCCUCAAGCUGUACAAUUUUAGGAGGUCAGAUGGCAGAUUUCCUUCUCUCCAGGAAUCUCCUCAGCUUAAUCACAGUUCGAAAACUCUUUUCAUCCCUGGGGCUCCUCCUUCCAUCCCUUUGCGCUGUGGCCCUGCCUUUUGUGACUUCCAGUUACAUAGCAACCAUUGUUCUGCUGAUACUCAUUCCGGGGACCAGCAAUUUGUGUGACUCAGGGUUCAUCAUCAACACCCUAGACGUUGCCCCCAGAUAUGCAAGUUUCCUCAUGGGCAUCUCAAGGGGAUUUGGUCUUACUGCAGGAAUCAUCUCAUCCACUACCACCGGAUUCCUUAUCAGUCAGGAUUCUGAAUCAGGAUGGAGGAAUGUGUUUUUCCUGUCUGCUGCUGUCAACAUGUUUGGUCUGAUCUUUUAUCUCAUAUUUGGACAAGCAGAAAUCCAGAACUGGGCCAAAGAAAGGACUCUCACCCGCCUCUGAGGAUAUAGGGUUGGAGACCAACCAAAGUGCUGACCCUUAACAUAUUUAGCUUAUCACCAUUCUUUCUUUGUACUUAUGGCUAGGCUCACAACCAAAGAGACAAAUACUUCUCUACUCUGGUUGGGUGCUUGCUUUUUCCAAAGAGCUUCAAAAGCAGGUCCAGGCUACCCUCCAGAGUGAGUUAGUCUGGGGUGGAACCCAGGUGCCACUAAGUUUUAGACUCCCGGGAAGUUUUUCAUGCAACAUGUAACUGUGGUUGACAAUUGGUAGAGGACUUUGAAGUCAAUUUGAGAUGCCUUUGAAUUUUCCUCUUUGGAAAGUACUAGAUGAAUAAAAAUCUAUCUGAAAUAAUUUGAUAAACACCUUCUUUGAGACUGUUAGGAACACAGGGAAGGUCUUAUAAGAAUUGUAAACCUAUAAUCAUAGAAUUAACUUUAUUCCUUUUAUAAUACUCCAGGAAACAUGGGUGUUUAUGCAGUUAGAUGCUGUUAAAAUAGAUAUGCUAAGAUUAAACAGAGUACAUUAAAGUUAUGUAGAGUAGGAUUUUUUUCUAAAGGUGGAACAAUAUUUAUGAAUCCUAGCCAAUUUCUUGGAGGUUGUGACCAGAAAAUAAUGAGAAAAUGAGUCAAUGAAUGAAGUUAAAAUUGAAUACAGAAAGAGAGAUUGAAUAGAUACCAGAGAGGGCAAAGUGAACACCUCAAAACAUUAUCAGAGUUUAGUCAUGUGGUGAAACUAGAAGGAGAAAACAGAAACACUUUUAAGUGAACAUCAGGGAAGAAAUUGGUAAGGGUUAAAUGAGCUAGAGAAAGGCUUGGGGAGAAAUUGCAUAAGAGACGUUCAUCCUGAAGAUAAAGACUGUGUGGUCCUCAUAUUCUCCCAAAGAGUCAUAUUCAACAACAAAAUGAAAUU